AUGGCAUCUAUAAGGAGAACAUUGUCUCCUGUGCCUAGAGCUGGAACCUUACUAAAUGGGGAAGCCUGUCAAGUGGCUUCUCCUUUGUCCAAGUCCUCGUCAUAUUCUCAGAGCUACCCAACAUCUGGUGGAUUGCUAUCUUCAAUUUUUGGUUUAUCAGACUCUCAAGCUUUUGUUUUUGGUGCUUUUUCACCAAGAUCUUCUAGACCAUUGGAGAGGUCAAAACCCAAGGGGCAAGUUUGGAAGAGGGGCCUUUUCCAUUUCUUGGUUUGUUUUGUGAUUGGGGUUUUUAUUGGACUAACCCCGAUUGUUUUGAUGGAUUUAUCAAUGAAUCCUAUGUCAAAGCAGCAUCCAUUUUCGUUUGAGGUGGUAUCUAAUGUUGGGACUUUUAAUAAUCAUAAAGAUAUGACGGGAACUAUGACAUCAACAGCAGAAAGUAGAGGACUUGAGAAUAAUACAACCCUGGAGACUGGAGUAAAGGAACAGGAGUCAGGGGAUGGGAUUACUAAUGGUACCCCUAUUAGCCUAUCGCUCUCUGAAGAUGUGGAUUUGGUGUCUCGGAAGCUUUUGAUCAUUGUGACCCCAACUCAUGCUCGACCACUUCAAGCCUAUUAUCUGAGUCGUUUGGCACACACAUUAAAACUGGUUCAACCUCCACUUUUAUGGAUAGUUGUGGAAAUGACAUCCCAAUCUGAACAAACAGCUGACAUCCUGAGGAGGACUGGGGUUAUGUAUAGGCAUCUUGUUUGCAAGAAAAAUCGAACUGAUAUAAAAGACAGAAGUGUCCACCAAAGGAAUGUGGCGUUGUCUCACAUUGAAAUCCACCGCCUUGAUGGAAUAAUCCACUUUGCAGAUGAUGAUUACACUUACUCUGCAGAUCUUUUUGAGCAAAUGAGGCAGAUCAGGCGGUUUGGGACAUGGACAGUUGCCAAAUUAACAGUACACAAAAACAAAGAUUUUGUAGAGGGCCCCAUUUGUAAUGGACCUCAAGUUAUUGGAUGGCAUGUGAAUGACUCAAGUAGGAGAUUUCGGAGAUUCCAUGCUGACAUGUCGGGGUUUGCCUUCAAUAGUACCAUCAUUUGGGAUCCAAAACGAUGGCACCGCCCUACACCUGAACCUGUUAGGCAGCUUGACACAGUCAGGGAUGGCUUCCAGGUUAGCAAAUUUAUUGAGCAAGUUGUGGAAGAUGAAAGCCAAAUGGAAGGCUUAUUGGAGGACUGCUCAAGAGUCAUGGUCUGGCAUCUACAGCUUCAAUCAUCUAAUUUCUUCUAUCCUACUAAAUGGUUCCUUGACAGUAAUCUGGAUGUCAUUACCCAGACUGCUGUAGGAGUACUAGCUGUUGCCUUUGCCAUCUUGAACUCCUUAUUACUUGCUUUCUCCCUCACGCUCUUCUCUAUUGCUAUACUUGAUUUUCACGAUGCGCUUUCUUUUCUUUCUCGGUUCUUUCUGCGACUGGAGGAAAAUCUUGAUCUGGGGUUUGCUCUACUUGUCUGUAUGAUCAUGUAUCAUGCCAUUGGUGUCCUGUUGGCUUCCAAACCUCUAUUUGAACGCCUAGUUUCUGAAUUCAAAGUGAAGACUCGACGUGUUUUGAGCCUUAUAGAAGCUUUAGAUAGCUCUUUUUGA